AUGGAAAAUAACGAUGAUGAUUUAGACGAAGUUUUUGACGAGUCUUCUGUGUUCGCACAUUUUGAAAACAAUUCUUUUAGAGAUCCUGGUGCAACUCUAAAUAAUGCUGAUAACCUUAAUGUCAGCAUUUUAAGCUGCGAUGAAGAGAUUAAAGGGUAUGAUAAGUUAGCUGGUAAAACAUGGAUAUAUCCCACAAACUACCCAAUAAGAGACUAUCAGUUCAAUAUUAUCAAUGCUGCUUUAACAAAAAAUACCCUUGUUAGUCUUCCAACUGGAUUGGGCAAGACAUUUAUAGCAGCAGUAGUAAUGUUUAACAUUUAUCGCUGGUACCCUACAGGAAAAGUUAUCUUUAUGGCACCAACUCGCCCACUCGUGGCACAGCAAAUUGAAGCAUGCUACAACAUAAUAGCCAUGCCCCACAAAGAUACAAUAGAAAUGACAGGACACAUGCCAGUUUCCAUCAGAAAAUCUCAUUGGACUACUAAAAGAGUUGUAUUUGCUACCCCACAAGUGAUUUAUAAUGAUAUCAAGUCUGGUAUGUGUCCAGGUGAUGAAAUAAGGUGCUUAGUGUUUGAUGAAGCACAUAGAGCAAAAGGAAAUUAUGCAUACUGUCAAAUAAUCUCUACUCUCACUGAAAUGGGACAUAGAAUUUAUAGAGUACUUGCUUUAUCUGCCACCCCAGGGAGCAAAGUUGAGGAUGUUAUUAGUGUUGUUAAAAAUUUGCACAUAUCUCAUUUGGAAUUGAGAAAUGAAAAUUGUAUAGAUGUCGUGCCCUACAGCCAUUCUCGUAAAAUUAACACAGUUAUUGUGCAGUUGGGUCCUGAAUUGACAUAUUUAAGGCAAAAGUAUGUGGAGAUACUCGAUGGAUAUGCGAGAAGAUUGAAACAAUAUAAUAUUCUUCCACAAAAUGUAGGUAAUUUAACAAAGGGUCGAAUUGUGAUGCUUUAUAAAGAGUUCCAAGGGAAAGAACGUGGAGCAAGACAUCCUCAGCACAAUUAUAUUAUGAAAGAUUUUACCCUAUUGAUUGCAUUAUAUCAUGGUCUUGAGUUGCUAGUUAAGCAUGGCUCAAGAGUUUUUCUAAAUUUUUUUGACGAGCACCCUGAAAAAUCAUGGAUACAGUCAGAUGACAAGCUUACUGCGUUUUUAGAAAGGUUGAGAGAUGAUCUCGGUGUUGAUCCUCUAAAAUUAGAUAGAAGUGUUUUACCAGAUGGAACUGUACCAGAAAUACCAAAAGACUUAGCCUUUGGUCAUCCCAAGUUUUACAAAUUAAAAGAAAUCAUGCUAGAACAUUUCAAUAAUGCAAAGGAAAAGGGACAACAAACUAAAGCAAUAGUGUUCUGUGAAUAUCGAGAAAGUGUUAAUCUCGUCCACUGUCUACUUUUACAAUGUCGUCCGCUUAUAGUUCCACAGAUGUUUGUGGGUCAAGGUGCUUCCGGCAAAGACGGAAAAGCGGUGACGUCACAGAAGCAGCAGCUGCGAGUGAUGCGCGGGUUUCGCUCCGGGGCGUGCAACGCGCUCGUGUGCACGUGCGUAGCGGAGGAGGGGCUGGACGUGGGCGCCGUCGACCUCAUCCUCUGCUUCGACAUCUCCACGCGCUCGCCCGUGCGCCUCGUGCAGAGGUGCGGUCGCACGGGUCGCGAGCGCGGUGGUCAAGUUUUCAUUCUAGUCACAGAAGGCAAGGAACAUCAGACCCUGAUAGAGUGUAUGCGUCAAAGAGACGUCCUCAACCAGAACAUACUGCGAUCUAAAGAAGUUCAAAAUAACUUAUACAAGUUGAACCCUCGAAUGAUGCCGCAAGAUUUCAACCCGGAGUGCCAAAAACUUUUCAUAACUAUUGAUAAAGUAAAUAAAGAUAAAGAGGCAUCCAAACAAUCAAAAAAGAAGGGACAAAAAGAUUUAAAAGCCAUGUUUGAGAAGGUUUCAAGUGUUUCCUCUAAGGAACGAAAUGCAUCUAACUGGAUAACAGAAGCUGAGUUUUAUGAAAUAUAUCCAGAAGGUUAUCGGGAAUUCAGUUAUUUUUUCGAACCUGUUGCCUAUUUUUCAAUGAGCAAAGAAUCAAUCAAAGAAAGUAACAAAACAGAACAAUUUCCUUUAAAUUUAUCAAAAUGUUUGGAAUUGCAAAAAAAGUUACAGAAGACUGUGCAUAUAGGUCAUUCUGUGGACACCGAAAUAUUAACAGCUGUUUUGAAUUGUGACACAAAAAGAUUUGCGCCUACGACACAGAAAUUAGUUAUAAACACUCAAGAAACUCUAUCGCAGAAUGUAUUUUUGUCGCCUUCAAAAUCUAAACAAACAAAGAGAAAAAAUAAAAAUUCUGUAUUGAAGUCUCCGUGUAAAAAAGAUGGUGACAUUAGAACAUUAUUUAGUACAGCCACAAAAUCAACGAAAAAUUAUACCAAACACAUAAACGAUUUAGGUAUUAAUGAUGGUAAAAUACCAAUACGACUACUUAAUCUAUUGGUUGAUUUAAGUCUAGAAAACAAAAACGUGGCGAAAUAUUGUUACAUGUGCCUUAAUAUUUGUAACUGCAAAAUUAUUAAAGAUUUGAGGGAAAAUGAAAGUUGUGCAACAUUGUCAUAUACACAACCUGUAUCUAGCGAACCAUUUUUACCUAAUAUUAAUUUGAUUGACGAAAUAAAUAAAGAUUCUUUCAUAAAAUAUGCUGAAAAUUUUGCUGAUAAUGAAGUUGAUAAUAAAAAAGAGGAACUAAAUGUAGACGGAGAACAAAAAAAUGAAAAUGAAAGAGAUCUCAAACCCAUAAAUGAACUUAAUAACAAUUUCGAAAUGGAAAUUGAUUUCGAAUCAUUAUGUGAACUAGAUUCACCAGUAUUAGAAAAAGAGACUGAAGCAAUUAAAAGUAACAAGGAAAAAACAGAUUUCGAUAUUGGAGAUACCAGUGAUAUAUUUCGACUUUCAGCAGAUAGUAAUCCUGAGAAAGUUAUUGAAACGGAAGAUAAUAAUGAUAAUAGUAACUCGAUCGAUGCUUUAGACUAUUUCCAUCUUUCCAGUAUUGAUGAUAUAUUCGCAGAUACUGAUGACAAGGUUCAAGAAUCUGAAUCAGAACACGAAGCACAACCACUAAAUACCGCUAAUAUCGCGGAUAGUAUUAUUAUAGAAUCAGAUGAAGACGUGUCCGACAGUGAAACAAAAAAACAUAAUGUAUUAAAUUGUCCAACGAGUCCGUCUAUAUUGUCAGGUCGUGUCAAAAGAAAUAAUGGCGGUUCAACAUCUCCUAUUCUGUGUAGUCAAAAACAAAAAACAAAUAUAACAAAAACAAACGAGCAACAUUUUAAAAGUUCUACACCUAAAAUUAGCGCCGCGGAGUGUAUAGAACCAAUAUAUGAAGCACAAAAGAUAUUACUCUUAUCGGACAAUAAAAAAUUGUAUGAAACUCCAUACAACAAAAAAAACCUGCAAAAUUUAAAUGAUAAAAGUAUGUUUACAAUUACACAGCUCGUUGAUAUGAUAAACAAAUCUGAAAGUGAUAAAACACCGGGAUCGCCUUCAAAUAGAGGAAAUAAGAAUAAAAAUCAAGGUAAGUCUGAAAGCAUACAUGUAAGAGCUCCUUCACCGGUAAUUCUAACUCAACGAGACAAAAAGAAUAAAAUGAACACCAAUGAAACUGAUAGACAAAAGGUAACGCAAUUACCAACCGAAAGUGUCGUCAUUCUCGAUAGUGAUAGCGAAGAUAGCACAGAAGAAUAUGACAUUGGAAAUGUUAUGAAUAAUGAAUUUAAAACAAUGUUUCAUGAUGAAACAAAGUUUUCAAUAAAUUCAACAGAAUAUAAAAACAAAAAUAUUAGCGAAUCUAAGUUUGUUAAUCAUACUUUAGUGACUUCACAAUUACCAGCGACCAAAAGUAAUUUUACCCAAUUUGACACCCUAAAUAACACAAAAGCUAUUAAAUUUGACAAUAAUAAGCAAAAUAAUACACAAAGUAUGCCGAAUAAAAGAAAAUUUGCAGAAGAUAGUUUAGCUUCACCCUACUUUAGUAAAAGACCAAAAUUAAAUAAAGAGCCCCAGAAAACACUCACUUUACAAAAGAAAGUUCUAGCUGCACUAUCCAAUGAAUUUAAAGAUGAAUCAUUUAGUAACAACAAUCAGCAUGUAAAUUUCGUGGUUUCAUCGCCUCGUUUGUCGCCGAUAUUAAUGUCACAAAAAGAAAACUAUGACGAAUCGUCAAAUAAAAGUCCGAAAUCCAGCAGUGAGCUUAAACUACAAAGUAACCUUGAUAAACUUCAAAAUUAUCGACGUGACAAUAAAUGUAGUCAAAAGUCCAACAUUUUACAAGACUCUACCAAUACAACAUCUUUAUUGCAAAGAAAGAAAAUAAGUUUCAGUGACAGCGAUGAUGAUGAUUUCAUAACUAGCAAAAAAGGUCAAAGUAAAACAAAAUUAGAAGUUAAUGGUGUCCAUGACAAUGGUCAUCACAAGAGGAAUAAAAAGAAUAAAGCAAGCAAGUUUCUUGAUUUAGAGGCUGAAAUAUCAGAUGAUGGAAAUAAUGACAGCGGUGAUGAAUUAACAGAUGAGAGUGUGGGUAGCAUCGUUGACUUCAUAUGCGACGAGAAUGUUACUGACGACGGAGACAUGCACGCCCUAUACUUGAAAUCGGUCAAAAGCCCAGUAAAAGGAGUAUUCAAAAUUCCACAACUAGUAGACAAGUACAGAAAGUCUGAUAUAUUUUCGCAACAUGUCACAGAAAAUGACACUUAUGAGAUGGACAGUUUUUGUGUAGAUUCACACAUUGGAUUAACGCAAACUAAUGAAGUAUCUGAGUUGGAGUUAGCUGAAAUGUUGCUAGAAGAAAAAAGGAGAAGGAAACUGUCUUCCAAAAAUAAACCGAAACCUAACCAAAAUGAAACAAAUAAUGAGAGUCCAAUAAUUAAGAGAAAAUUUAAAAACAUGAAGAGGCAAAUUAAGAGUGAUUCUGAAGAUAGUAGUUGAUAUAGGAUUUCUAAACGCCAAACGGGAAAUAGUUACUGUUAUCUGUGAUAAUCUUAAUGUACAUACUUAUGGUUUAUAUAAAUUAUUGAUUGUAGUGUUAAGACUUUUUACUUAUUAUUAUUUGAAGUUGAUUUAAAGAAAUGAAACAGGGAAUUUAAUAUGUGUAAAUAUUUCAUAAAAAUGUCUAAACAUUUGAUGGCACAGUUAAUUUAUUGUUAAUAGAAUACCAUCAUAUCUAUGCACAAUUAUGAAAUAAUAUAUUUUAAUAAAUAAAAGUAUUUUUCAUC